GUUAUGUUGUAUUAAAUGAAAGUAUUUUUAAAAAUGACUGCUGAACGUUCGGUUCUAUUAAUUUCCUCAUCGCGAGUUUAUGGUUAUGGUUAUUUCGAACAUGAAAAAGAAGUAAUUUUAAAUUUUUUUAACAAGAGAAAUGUUACAAAAAUUUUAUUUAUACCUUAUGCUAUGCCCAACCAUGACGCCUACACAAAAGUGAUUGGCAAUGCCUUAGAACCCUGGGGUUUUCAACUCGAGGGUAUUCACACCAAACCCAAUCCCAUUGAAGCUAUUUUAUCAGCUCAAGCUAUAUUUGUGGGUGGUGGUAAUACUUUUGUUCUAUUAAAAACUCUAUACGAUUUGAAUCUUGUAGAGCCCAUAAGAGAACAAGUUUUAAAAAAAGGCAUUCCAUUUAUGGGCAGUAGUGCUGGCACCAAUAUUGCUGCACGUACUAUAAAUACCAUCAACGAUAUGCCUUUGGCUUAUCCUCCCUCUUUUGAGGCCUUGAAUUUAGUACCUUUUAAUAUUAAUCCCCAUUAUGAGGAAACUGAUCCAAAUAGCAAACAUAGAGGUGAGACUAGAGAUGAACGUUUGAAAGAGUUUUUAAUUUUUCAUAAAAGGCUGGUGUUGGCUUUACGUGAGGGAACUGCUCUUCUUGUAGAAGGCGAUAAAAUUACUUUGGUUGGUGACAAAAAAGCAAAGUUAUUUAGACCUGACAUGGAACCAAUCGAAUUUGAACCCAACUCAGACUUAAGCUUUUUAUUAAAUGAAUUGUAAAUAUUUAAAGACCUACAUAUGUAUAACAAAAU